UUUUUUUUUUGUGUCAGUAUUUUGGCCGUGUUGGUGUAAUUGACUUUUGAAGAGAUCUCUCCACGUUGGCAAACCGGUACAUUCAGUUUCCUUCCACUCUUUUGUCAAGAUUCUCACUGUAAUCACAAUACCAUGGAAGAUGAGUUCGAUUACGAGUCGCUGGGCACCAACUCCACCAUGUUACAGAACGCGAUAGCGGGAGCGCUAGCUGGUAUAGGCGAGCAUUGUGUCAUGUACCCCGUUGAUAGCAUAAAGACCCGAACGCAAGUUAUCACUUCAACUACCACAAUCAGUGCCAGUGAGGCUAUGGCGACAGCAGCUCGGGAACAUCGACAAAUGAUGGGAAAUAAUCUGAAGUCGCAUCGGAAUCUGUGGCGAGGCGUCAAUUCUGUUGUAAUGGGAGCAGGCCCUGCUCAUGCUCUCCACUUUGCCACGUAUGAAUUUUGCAAAGACCGAUUUAGCGAUGGUGGAAAUAGCUUGGUUGCUUCUGGCGCUGCGGGCGCAUGUGCUACGCUUGCUCAUGAUUCGCUCCUCAACCCGUUUGACGUUGUCAAGCAGCGCAUGCAGCUUCAAGAUUCAACCUACAAAACUGUGCGAGAAUGUGCUCGAAAAAUAUAUACUCAUGAAGGUUUAAUCGCAUUUUACAUCUCUUUACCCACUACUUUGGGUAUCUCUAUUCCUUUUCAAUCCAUACAAUUUGCUACAUACGAGUAUUUCCGGAAAAAAAUCAAUUCUGAUGGAGGAUACGACCCAAAAACGCAUAUGCUUGCAGGAGCUAUCGCAGGAGCUACAGCUUCUUCCAUCACAACCCCAUUAGAUGUGGUCAAAACAUUACUGCAAACCAGAGGCUCCAGCAAUGACCCCCGAGUGAGAAACGCAAAAGGACUUUGGGAUGCUAUCAAAAUCGUGUACGACUACUAUGGAUACAAGGGUUUCCUUCGCGGAUAUAAGCCUAGAGUGCUUACACAUAUGCCGAGUACCGCCAUUAGCUGGAGCGUAUAUGAAUAUUUUAAGUUUUUCCUAAAGGGUGAGAGCCAGCACUCUCGCCACUGAUGAACUUUUCAACAUUGGACUCGACUUUUGAGCGACUCGUGUACAAUAGCGUAUAUAAUUUUUUUCUU